AUGCCCGCGGAGGAGUUUGUGGCCGGCUGGAUCUCUGGAGCUCUGGGCUUGGUCUUGGGACACCCCUUGGAUACUGUGAAGGUGCGGCUGCAGACCCAGACCACGUACCGGGGCAUCGUCGACUGUAUGGUCAAGACUUACCGCCAUGAGUCGCUCCUGGGCUUCUUCAAGGGGAUGAGUUUCCCCAUCGCCAGCAUAUCUGUGGUCAACUCCGUCCUGUUUGGGGUCUACAGCAAUGCACUGCUGGCGCUGACAGCCACCUCCCACCAGGAACGGCGGGCCCAGCCGCCCAGCUACACACACGUCUUCAUAGCCGGCUGCACCGGGGGGUUCCUGCAGGCCUACUGCUUGGCUCCUUUUGAUCUCAUCAAAGUCCGGCUACAAAACCAGACAGAGCCCAGGGAGAAGCCGGGGAGCCCCCCACCGCGGUACCGGGGCCCCGUUCACUGUGCCGCCUCCAUCCUCCAGGCCGAGGGGCCCCAGGGGCUGUUCCGGGGAGCCUGGGCCCUGACCUUGAGGGACACCCCCACCCUGGGAAUCUAUUUCGUCACCUACGAAUGGCUGUGUCGCCAACUCACACCGGAGGGCCAGAACCCCAGCUCGGGCACAGUGCUGGUGGCAGGGGGCUCUGCCGGCAUCAUCUCCUGGGUCGCCGCCACCCCGUUAGACGUGAUCAAGUCCCGGAUGCAGAUGGCGGGGCUGAAGCAGAGAGCCUACGGGGGGCUGUUGGACUGCAUAGUGAGCAGCGCCCGGCAGGAAGGACUGGGGGUCUUCUUCCGGGGGCUCACCAUCAACAGUGCCCGCGCCUUUCCAGUCAACGCCAUCACCUUCCUUAGCUACGAGUACCUCCUCCUCUCCUGGGGGUGA